AUGGCUACACCUGUCAUUGUCGGUGUUGGUGCUAUUGCGGCAGCUCUCGCAGGCCGCCACUUUCUUCGUCGCGCGGGCCAGGGCGCGGCCGACCAGUGGGUUAGAGGCGGAUUCAAGGCAAAGAUGGACCGGAAAGAAGCCAUUGCCAUCCUCGGUCUCAAAGAUGGCGCUACGCUGAAGAACCGUCUGAAGGAUGCACACCGACACAUCAUGCUAGCAAACCAUCCUGACCGCGGGGGUUCACCAUAUCUUGCCAGUAAAAUCAAUGAGGCGAAGGACUUGCUCGACAAAACAGACGGUCGGGGACGGUAG